AUGCCCCGUAAGAAGGCCCUCCUGAUUGGAAUCAACUACACCGGCUCCAAGCAUCAGCUGAAUGGCUGCAUCAAUGACGCCAUGAACGUUCGCGAAUACCUAGUUCGAGACCGUGGUUAUUCUCCAGAUCAGCGGGAUAUGGUGAUCUUGACCGAUGCGCCGGAGAAUCGAGGCACGCCAUUCUUUCCUACUGGCGCCAACAUGCUGGCUGCAUUCAAGUGGCUAGUCUCCGGCAACAAUCCUGGUGAUUCGUUGUGGUUGUCAUAUUCAGGUCAUGGGAGUAUGUUUUCGUUGAAAGCUGUACUGUGCAGUGGGGAAUUUCUGACAAAAUACUUUUCAAAGGCCAAGUUCGAGAUCCUGAUGGGGACCGAGAUUCUGGGUAUGCAUUUGAAUCAUCUGGAUGUAACAUGCAAGAUCAACCCCGUGCUUACGAUUCUUAGCUUCGAUGACACUAUAUGUCCUGUUGAUUUCGAACAGAAUGGACAGAUUACAAGUGACACGCUCCACAAAGUGAUCGUCUCACCCAUGAAUCCCCGGAGCCGGCUAACCAUCCUCUUUGACUGCUGCCACUCUGGCUCUGCCGUGGAACUACCUUACGUGUUCCGACCCGACGCCGACGGCAGAGUGAACAUGGUCAACAAUGUCAAAGAAGGCAUGUCGCUGGCAAAGGAGGCAUCAGCCCUGCUACACGGCGGAUUCUCCGUGGAGAAAGUCCGCGAUGUACAGUCAUUGAUUGGGCGCGGAUCGUCUCUGCUGCAUAAAUUCACACAUCCAGAUGCACCCUCGGAUGAAAAUGGGCUCGCUGAUGAGAAUUUCGUGGAAGAUUGGCGCAAUGAGGGCAAGGAUGUGUGGAUGUUUAGCGGUUGUGCUGAUGAUCAGACAUCUGCUGAUACGAGUAUGCAAGGUCUUGCAACAGGUGCAAUGUCCUGGGCGUUCAUCAAUACCAUGAGGCACAAUCCACGCCAGAGUUACAUUCAGGUCCUGCAAAGCACCAGAGGCAUGCUGGAGAACAAAUACUCGCAGAUUCCUCAAUUGUCUGUUGGUGGGAAGUAUGACCUGAACCAGCCCGUAUAUGUUUAA